AUGCAUGGUAAGGACGUGGAAGCACGGGUUCGUACAGAUGGGGCGAAUAUCACCGAGGCGCAAUCGAUGCAAGGGGCAGUCCAUCUGAGUCCGUGUGCCUUUCAGCACGCCCCUGGAGCAGUAGUCGGCUGGAUUGUCACAGGAUUUUAUGUGCCGCCAUUGACCCACCUCCGUUUCUUUGUGAACGACAGCCAACUGGUUGGCAACAAACGUGCUGAAGCGCGUCCGUACAUUGCUAACACAGUGAAGAUCUAUGGCGGAAUCAGUCAAAUACCCGGUCGUCUGCUAUGUCGCCGAAAUCGUGGUUGUAAAGUCGCUCCAGGUCGUCUCCUAUGGGAUUAUCUGGCCGCGAGAUGA